AUUGCGGCUUUUGUUGACCCCCGAGUGAGUUUGUUCGGACGGUUGAGUCAUCUACAGUCGACCAUGGAAAGAAAACUCUCCAAAACCUGGAUUUUCUCCCAUUUUCCUCCAACGUAAAGCAGAUCUGAGCUCCCGGGGGUCGUCCCAACACCCGACGACGUGGAUGCGUAGCUAGUUUGCCCGGAUUUUGGUCGGGGGAAGGCGAAAGAUUGUAGGAAAAGUUGGCAGCAGUACGGGAGUAGGACCCCGCAAGUAUGGCGAGUCCGCGGCGUGGGGAGGGCGUGCGAUGGACUUUCUCAACCGCGAUCUGUGUACUUCUGGCCGUCUCUGCGUUAGGCGAUGUCAGACAAUUUAGUGAAUUCUACUUUGCAAACGAGCCACAGGACAUGACGGUAGAGCGUGAUGUGCCCACAAUGUUCAACUGUAUGGCCAUCGGGAAUCCUAAACCAACCAUUGAGUGGAAAAAGGAUGGCACUUUCCUGAACUUGUUUGGAGAGAUGAGGAGAUCAAUACUGAACAAUGGAUCGUUGCGUUUUAGCAACAUCAUUCAUAAUAAGAACGAAAAACCAGACGAGGGGCUCUAUCAGUGUGUGGCGUCCGUGGAUAGCUUAGGAACCAUCGUUAGUAGGAUGGCAAGACUUCAGGUCGCAUCCCUGAGUAGAUUUGAAAGAGAGCCUCAGGCUACCUCAGUACACAUGGAAGAGAACCUGAGACUGGAGUGUAGAAUACAGGGCUCACCCAAGCCUGACAUCAGAUGGCUCAAGGAUGGACAAGACAUAGAACAUGACCUCUUUGAGCCUUACAUACAAGCAGAGAGGGGAAUCACGAUACUGCCGAGCGGUGCGCUGGAAAUUGCGUAUGUCCAGUUUACGGAUGCAGGGAGAUAUAAAUGUGUGGCAGUAAAUGCAGCCAGGGAGAGAGAAAGUGCUGAAGUUGAAGUCUCAGUGCUUCCAGCUCUGGAACAAGUGAAGGAGCCAGAGCUGAUCGUACUGCCAGAGGACAUGACUGUGUUAGAGGGAGAGACGGUCGUUCUGGAGUGUGUCGUUAAUGCCAUGCCUGAGGCUGACGUCAUUUGGAGCUUUGGUGGACAAGACAUUGACACAGGCACCGAUUCUGUUGACAGAUCCGGCAGCAGACAUUCCAUCCUCGGGGUCAGUAACCUGAGAAUAGAGAACGCCCGCGAGUCCGACAGUGGGAUGUACCGCUGUACGGGAGAGAACGACCACGGCUCAGUCACUGCCUCUGCUCAGCUUAUCGUAAACGUGCCUCCAAAGUUUAUGACGACCCCAAGCAAUACCUACGCCCACGAGCGCAGUGAUAUUGAGUUUGAGUGUGAUGUCUACGCAAAGCCAGCGCCACAGAUCUCAUGGAUAAAGAACGGUGACACUGUCAUCCCCAGUGACUACUUCCAGAUUCAGAAUGGACAGAAUCUGCGUAUCCUUGGUCUGGUCAGGUCAGAUGAGGGCAUGUAUCAGUGUGUGGCGACAAACGAGUACGGAAGCAUCCAGUCGUCAGCACAACUUAUCAUUGUCGACCCAGACGUGCCUCUUCCCACAAUGCACUACUCAUUAACGACUCCUACGCCGACCGCAGCAGCGGAAACGCCUACUCCGCACCCCGUUCCGUCGGGGCCCAGGGAUGUGGUCGCUGUGACAGUGUCCACUAGAUUUGUGGCCCUAUCAUGGCGGAUGCCGGCUGAGACCCACGGAGAAAUCGUGGCAUGUUCUGUCUACUUCAAGCAAGAGGGCUCGAAUAGGGAAAGAGUUGUGAACACAACACGCUACAAUCUAGAGGAGGUGGAUGUCCGUGACCUUCAACCCUCCACAAGCUACGUGUUCAGGGUCGUGGCAUACAACGCUAACGGGCCCGGCGAGAGCUCGGACCCGAUCUACGUGCAGACGCAGCCAGAAGUCCAUGUCCCUGGCCCGGCCACUUCACUCCAGGCUGAGUCUGUAUCACCUGUUGCCAUCACUGUAUCAUGGCAACCCCCCACACAGAGAAAUGGGGUCAUCCUAAACUAUAAGCUGUAUUAUGUAGAGAUGGCGGCAGGGCCUCUUAAUGAGGGUUCUGUGGAUGUCAGUGGUUUGUCGCACACCCUGAAUGGCCUGAAAAAGUACACAGAGUACAGCUUCCGUGUGGUGGCAUACAACCAGCACGGUCCAGGCAUGUCUACAGAAGAAGUCAUUGUUAGGACACUGUCUGACAUUCCAAGCCAGCCACCAACGAAUGCUACAUUGGAACCACAAAGUUCCACUUCCAUUCUUGUGAAAUGGAACCCGCCUCCUCGUGACAGCCACAAUGGCAUCAUCAGUAGCUACAAGAUCCGCUACAAGAAGUCUGGAGCGCGUCGAGGAAGGGUUGUAGAGACAGGCGGAAACAUGAGACAAUACCUUCUCAAUGGCCUGGAGAAGGGAUCUCAGUACAGCAUCCGAAUCUCCGCACAGACGGUAAAUGGUAGCGGACCCCCCACAGAGUGGCAUGUGGCAGAGACGCCAGAGAACGACUUGGACGAAUCCAAAGUCCCACAACAACCAAGCUCUCUCCAUGUGCGACCUUUAACACACAGCAUCGUGGUGUCAUGGACGCCGCCACUUGACACGAACAUCAUGAUCCGCGGUUACAUCAUUGGAUACGGAAAAGGCUUCCCGGAUGAGUACCGUGUGGUAGUGGACGGCAAGACGCGAUACUUCACCAUAGAGAACCUAGCCCCUGAGCCUACCACUCCCAUGAUGCCACCUGUUGGCGUGAAGGCAGAGGUCAAGUCACCGCAGGCCGCCAAGGUCACCUGGGCAGACACAACACUGACACGUAACCGGAUCACGGAUAAUCGAUACUACACUGUUCGAUGGAUGUCACUUUUCCCUGAAAGCAAGUAUUUCUAUGCAAAUGCAACCAGUCUGGAGUACAUCGUGACAGACCUGAAGCCUUACACACGCUACGAGUUUGCUGUCAAGGUCACUAAAGGUCGUCAGGAAAGCGACUACAGCAUGACUGUCACUAACAGGACUUAUGAAGAUAAGCCUAAGUCUCCUCCCAGAGACCUGACAGUUGUGGGAAUCGAGGGGAACCCAGGAGGGGUAAACCUUAACUGGCAACCUCCCGCCAAGUCCAACGGACCGAUCACAGGCUACAUCAUUUUCUACACGACCGAUCCGUUGCUGAACGAUGCAGACUGGGUGUUUGACCCUAUAAUGGAGGGCGACAAAUUGACGUACACUGUAAAGCAACUCACUCCAAACACCAAAUACUACUUCAAGAUACAGGCCAGGAACUCUAUGGGCAUUUCGCCCAUCUCUCCCAUCAUGGAAUACCAGACGCCGCCAGGCGGGAAUUCCUAUAAUCCCAAGGAAGUUGGCAAAGGAGAGGAAUCCAAUUCUGGAGGAGCUGGAAGAUCAACCAACAGCCCUUCCAACCAAUCGUCUGGCGGCUUCACCUUGACUGACACCAUGUUGUGGAUCAUUAUUGCCUGUGUUGUCACGGUAACGGUGACCAUCAUCUUCAUCAUCGUGACCUUCAUCCUGUGCAGGCGACGCAACGGAGACAACAACAAGAACAAGAACAAGAAACGUGGACAAUACAAGGGUCGUGACAACGGCAAGAGGAAAGGGCCCCAUAAGGACGUGAAACCACCUGACCUGUGGAUCCACCAUGAGCAGAUGGAGCUGAAGUCUAUGGACAAGUCGAGUCCCCAGCCUGGGGAGAUGACAAACACACCAAUCCCUCGCAACUCUGCAGAGAUGAAACCUGUGGACCAGCAGCCAAUGGACGGGCCUCAGAUGGACAGGAGGAGAAACUCGUUUGUUGGUACAGAUGAGGAUGACCUGGAUUACUCCUCCAUCCCGCCAGUUCGACGACCUCCCUUCAAGCCCAAGCCCAUCAUGAUCCCUGUGGACCACCAGCCACCCCCGCCCAGAGAUCCCAUGUUCCACAUCAUUCAACCUAUGAUCUACUAUGAUCUGGAGUAUUUCCGUCCUUCUCGACCUCCAUCUUAUUCGAUGUCGACUUUCAAGCCUCUAUCUUCUUCUCAGCCAUUAAGUGACAAGAGCCAUUUCUACCACACACUUGAACCUAUCUCUGCCUCCCAGCCAUCCAUUGCUACCUCAGUGACCCUGAACCAUCCUGACCAGCGGCCGGUCUCCCCGUCCAGACCGCUCUACCCGCGUACGCAGUACUCCGCCAACAUCCCGCGCUCCGUCUCCGUGGAGCCCAGCCCCAUGAACGAUGUGGCAGACUACCCUCCCCCUCCCCUCAGUGAUCAUGAGAUCCAUACACCUGGAUCUACUGUCAGCGGACACUCGUAUCUGCACACUCCGCACACUCCGCACACGCCAUCAGAGAGGAGUUACACUCCUUCCUCCGAGGCGCGAUCACUUGGCGCCCGUCCUGCCCAUCCCCUGAAGAGCUUCAGUGUGCCAGGCCCCCCUCCCCCACCCCCAUACAACAGCCUCCCCACUACACCUCAGUCCUCUCACCUCUCUGAACCAAAACCAGGGCCCUCCAGUACCCUGUCUACUCCACUGAGCACGCCCAGUAAACCCCAGACUCCAGCAGACAUGUACCCAGAUCCACAGACGUUACAGCCUCCCCCUCCACCACUGCCUGAGGCACCGCCUGGGUCCGAGCACUCCUAUGAGGACGAUGAUCUGACCACUGAGAUGGCAAACUUGGAGGGGCUCAUGAGAGACCUGAACGCCAUCACACAGUCUGAGCUAAACUGUUAGCAGUUGCCAUGGAAACCUCACCUCAUGUGAUCACCAUAGCAACAGUUGCCUGGCAACAAAGGCUUCCAUCCCUCCAGCUACCCGACAUUUUGACAUCACUAGUGUAGUCAUAGUAACAAACUAGGUGUCAGCCUAACUCCAUGUGCAUCUGUUGCCAUGGCAAUUGAUAAGAUUCCUGGGAGGGUCACCAAGGGGAUGCAGCAAUACUUAAAAGGGAUAUUUGUAGGUUUGAUGGAAACUUGUUUGUAUGUGAGAGGAAUCAGGAAGGAUACAUGAAGGGUUUGAGGAAGAUUUUAAUGGAUAAUUUAUGGGAACCCCUGUCAUAUCCUCCUUUUGUAAGAACUUGUAAAUAGCAACCUGCAAAUGGGAAAUAUGAUUUUCUUAUUAAAUAGCCAAAAAAUGAGCAAAAACUGGUAUUUUUAGGAAGUAGUGUUUCUGCUGUAGAUUUGCUUAAUUUUUUUACCAUACAUGUAUUUUGUAAGAAAUUUAGGAACAAGUAAUAGUCAUUAUGUUUGUUUUAAUAGCCAAUGCCAUGUGUAUGUACUGUCACAUUUUUUAAAUUCCCCAUGUUUAUGUUUGUUGAAUUCACUGUUGUCACCAUGACAGUUUGAU